UAAACAUUCCGCAGACCAAAAUACCAAACGUUUCCAUCUUAUUGUCUGUCUCUGAACUCUCUUUGUUCUUAUUAUUUUCUUCUCAUUUUUUGACCCAAAGAGAAAACAAACUCUUCAAUUUUUUAUUUGGUUGUCUCCUCACUAAACUCGGUUGAUUAACCAUCUCCAUAAAAUCUAACGAUUUUUUCUAGUAUUCGAAGCAAAUCAUAGAACCAAAAGAGAACAAGAUGGGUUUGAAAGAUGAGAAUAACAAAGCUGAAGAGUCCGCAGAAGAUCCAAAGGGACAAGGGACGUUAAGCAGAAAGAACAGCCACAGCUCUUUGUGUCCGACAGAAGAUGACGAAGAAGACGAAGACAAGAAGCUUGAACUUGGUCCCAUGAUCGCUCUCAAAGAACAGUUCGAGAAAGACAAGGAUGAUGAAAGCUUGAUGAGAUGGAAAGAACAACUUCUAGGAAAAGUGGAUCUUGAGGAAGUUGGAGAGACUCCUGAUCCGGUGGUGAAGAUAUUGAACUUAACAAUUAGGUCACCUGAUAGAGAAGACAUGGUAUUGACGGUCCCUGAAGACGGAAAACCGACAUCCAAAGGACCAUGGUUUACCCUCAAAGAAGGCUCUAAGUACACUCUCGUAUUUACUUUCCGUGUGACCAACAACAUUGUGUCCGGUCUCCGAUACAGCAAUAGUGUUUGGAAGACUGGAAUCAAGGUGUAUGGUAGAAAGGAGAUGUUAGGAACGUUUAGUCCACAGGCCGAACCGUAUACCCAUGUCAUGUUUGAAGAAUCAACACCGUCUGGUAUGCUUGUCAGAGGUUCCUAUUCCGUUAAAUCUAAGUUCGUCGACGAUGAUGACAAGUGCUAUUUGGAGAACAACUACACCUUCGACAUUCGCAAGAACUGGCUAUGAUGCAUCGCAAAAGUUACUGGAAGAAGAGAAACAUAUUAUGUAUUCAUUAUUGUGUCUACUAUUUGUUCUUGAUUUAAUUUCUUCAUAUAUUGGUUCUUCCGUCUUCGCCUCGUUUAUUUGUGUAGACAUUUUUUUUUGGUUCUUUACGUUACUCUUUUCAGAGUAUUUUC